AAACCCCAAGCAAACAACGUGUGGAACCGUUAUAAAGCGCAUCAGGAAGGAACGCAGGUUGAACACCUUGGUAUCAGAUCAGUGAAGAAGUGAUGCAGUGUCAUGGUUAAUGUGUUGCUUGGAGAGCGUUAUUUCCGCUGGCUUGUUUGGCGCUAUCUGUUUAUCAAAACAAACCAGCUGCGGCUGUAAAUAGUGUUGGAGCUGUUUUUCUUGGGCUCUAAGCAAUGUCUUUCCUCGGAGUGUAUUUGCAGAAGAUGAGGCGAAAGCUGGAGCUGUGCAGGGAGGUGGGACGCCAGUAUCCUGCCUUCUGCUUUCUGCUAGUGCUCCUGCUUCUGUCUACUGUCUUACUGAAUAGGUAUCUUCACGUUAUUGUCAUUUUCUGGUCGUUCUUAGCAGGAGUGGUUACCUUUUACUGCUCCUUGGGGCCUGAGACAUUGCUUCCUAAUAUCCUUAUAACAAUUAAACCUAAGAAAAAGCCAGAGCAGCAAGAGCUGUUUCCCUUUGCUCACAGCUGUGCUGUCUGUGGGAAAAUUAAAUGCACAAAACACAGACCAACAUUGCUUCUUGAAAACUAUCGGCCAUGGUUGGAUCUAAAAGUGCAUUCCAAGGUGGAUGCGUCUCUUUCAGAGCUUCUUGAGCUCGUCCUUGAAAACUUUGUGUACCCAUGGUACAGGGAUAUUACAGAUGAUGAGGCAUUUGUGGAUGAUCUCAGAGUAACUUUGCGUUUUGUAGCUGCGGUGUUGGUCCGCCGAGCACAGAGAGUUGAUAUCCCAUCUCUCAUAACACUCAAACUUCUUAAAGUUGCCAUGAAGCACAUUGAAAUAAUUGCCAAAGCAAGACAAAAAGUGAAGAACACGGAGCAUCUGCAGCAGGCUGCGUUAGAGGAGUACGGUCCUGAUCUGCAUGUGGCCUUGCGCAGCAGGAGGGAUGAGCUGCUCUACCUACGCAAGCUUACUGAGAUGCUCUUCCCAUACAUUUUGCCUCCAAAAGCUACUGACUGCAGAUCUCUUACUCUUCUGAUAAGAGAAGUUCUUGCUGGCUCUGUAUUCCUUCCCUCCAUGGAUUACUUGGCUGAUCCUGAUACUGUGAACCACUUGCUGCAUAUUUUCAUUGACAACUCUCCACCUGAAGCUGCCACUGAACCGGCCUCUGCACUUGUCCCAUUCCUGCAGAAGUACGCAGACAUACGCAAUAAGUCGUCUUCAGUGUUAAAGCUAGAACUGAAGGAGAUUCGGGAACAGCAGGACCUGCUGUUUCGCUUCAUGAACUUCCUCAAGCAAGAAGGAGCUGUUCAUGUGCUGCAGUUCUGUCUCACUGUUGAAGAGUUUAAUGAUAAGAUCCUUCAUCCAGAACUUUCUGAUGCUGAAAAACUGAUGCUGCACGAGGAAGUGAAAAAGAUAUAUGAAACUUACUGCCUUGAUGAGAGCGUUGACAAAAUUCGCUUUGAUCCUUUCAUUGUUGAGGAGAUCAGAAACAUUGCAGAGGGUCCGUAUGCUGACGUCGUAAAACUGCAGACUAUGCGCUGUCUGUUUGAAGCCUAUGAGCAUGUUCUUUCCUUGUUGGAGAAUGUUUUUACUCCCAUGUUCUGCCAGAGUGAUGAGUAUUUUAGACAGCUGUUGAGGGGGGCGGAAUCCCCAACUAGGAGCUCCAGACUUGGCAGAAAUAGCGUGAGUUUGGAUGACAUCCGCUUUUCUGAGUGGGACUAUACCAUGAACCUAGACUCUCCGUCCAUCUCACCUGCAUCUGUCUCCCCUAAUGUUUCAUCCAUUCUUACCCAACCAUCUGGCUCUAAUGCCUGGCGCACCGUUGCGCUAAAGAACACAUCAAAGCGAGGAGAAUCUUUUGGCAUCAGCCGCAUUGGCAAUAAGAUUAAGGGGGUUUUCAAGAGUACCACCAUGGAAGGUGCCAUGCUGCCCUCUUAUGGACUAGCAGAGGGAGAGGAUGAUAUGGUGGAGGAGGCUAUCAUGGUUAUGGAGGAUGACUUGCCCAUGGAGGCCAUCAGUACUCCAAGUACACCUCGUAACCUGACGGCCUGGAGCAUCACUAUCCCCUAUGUGGACUUAUUUGAUGAUGAGGUGAAGAAAGAGAGGAUUCCUGUGUAUUGCAUAGAUGUGGAGAGAAAUGACAGGAGAACAGUGGGUCACGAAACAGAACAUUGGUCUGUUUACCGAAGAUACCUGGAAUUUUAUGUUCUUGAGUCAAAACUUACAGAGUUUCAUGGCUCAUUCCCUGAUGCACAACUUCCAUCCAAGCGGAUAAUUGGGCCUAAAAACUAUGAGUUUUUAAUGUCCAAGCGUGAGGAAUUUCAGGAAUACCUACAGAAACUCCUGCAACACCCUGAGUUGAGCAAUAGCCAGCUGCUGGCAGACUUUCUUUCUCCUCACAGUGUGGAGUCGCAGUUUCAUGAUAAGAUGUUACCUGAUGUCAAUCUUGGGAAGAUAAUUAAAUCUGUACCUAGCAAACUAAUCAAAGAGAAAGGCCAGCACCUAGAACCAUUUAUCCAGGCUUUCUUCAACUCAUGUGAGUCACCAAAACCCAAACCCAGCCGGCCAGAACUCACAAUCCUCAGCCCCACAUCAGAAAACGACAAAAAGCUUUUCAAUGAGCUAUACAAAAACAAUGCAAAUCGCUCAGAAGUCACAGAGAAGAGGCACAACCAGAAUUACUUUAUGGAGAUGAUCACUGUUGAAGGAAUUUAUGACUACUUAAUGUUUCUAGGACGAGUGAUAUUUCACAUACCUGAUUGGUUACAUCAUCUCUUAAUGGGUGGGCGCAUCCUGUUUAAAAACACACUGGAGGCAUAUACUGAAUACUAUCUGCAGAACAAACUAGACCAGGUGUUUCAGGAGCAUCGUGUGGUUUCACUUAUCACUCUGCUCAGAGAUGCUGUAUUCUGUGAGAACAGUGAACCACGCUCUUUAGAAGACAAGCAAAAAAGAGCCAGAAAGACAUUCGAUGAAAUGAGGAAUUACAUUCCAGAUUUGCUUGGAAAAUGUAUUGGAGAGGAAGCAAAAUGUGAAGGGAUAAAGCUUCUCUUUGAUGGACUUCAGCAGCCAGUUCUUAACAAGCAGCUGACAUACAUCUUGCUUGAUGUAGUAAUUCUGGAGCUUUUCCCUGAAUUAAACAAAGUACAGAGAGAAACUUCUAUAAUGGCUCCAUGGAUGUAGAAAAAUCCACCACGAGAUGGAGGAAACCGCAGCUAUAGCUGCAUGUGCAGCAUCCUGCAUAAGGGUCAAAAUAACCAUGUACAGUAGUGUACUGACAUUUGUCUCAAAUAUACAAAGCAUGACUUAUCUGUAUAGAUUGCUAUGCAGGGUAGGCUGUAUAGAAUGGACGUACUGAAAUGGCUUAAAAUGCCCAUGAUUACAUCAAGUAUGAUUUAAACCGAUGUUUUAGCAAAAGUUUUAUCUUUGGUGGGGGGGAAGGAUAUUAAAACAGGAAAUGAUGAAUGUUAGUUAGUUAGUUUUUUUUUUGCCAGUAUCAAAUUGACAACAUUGCACUGACCUUUUUGUUUAACACUGAAUAGGUUGCCGUGUACUAUAUUACAUACUUUGUAAACCAGUGACGUGCGGUGAGGUUUGUGGCUAGUGAGGCACUGACUUUUUCAAAAUCAGAUUUUCAAAUAUGCACCAAAAUAUUUGCCAAAUACCGAUUAGUUUCAUAUCUCUGUAUCCUAUUUGACAACCCAGAAAAUACCGUAGAUGUCUCCAAGUGUCUUUCAAGCCUCUCAUCUCUCUCAGCAAAAGCAUUCAAUAGCUCGACAUAAUUCCCACGAUUCGAAGAGCUUGUACUCUCAUCAUCACCGCGAAAUGCCAAUUCCUGUUUGGCUAAGAAGCAGGUUGCAUGAAUGAGAUAUUUUAAGAUCUCUCGGUUUUCCUUCACCUUAGCGUUGUGCAUGCUAAUGUUUAGCCGGUGCUGUUCAUUCAAAGCCACAUCUACAGUCGUGCUUGAAAGUUUGUGAACCCUUUAGAAUUUUCUAUAUUU